UAUCCUGAGUUUGAAGUGUAAUUGUUGCGUUAACGCAAAGUGGCCUCUCGUUUUAUGCCCACAACGCAACCGUGCGUGCGUCUGUUCGUGAAGUGUGCGUGUUGUGUGUAGUGUUUUCCUUCCCAGUUCCACUGUUUGCAGGGCCACCAUACAGAGCACCCGCUGCACCAAGAACAACAACGUUAUGUGGAGCGUUUAGCGAGUGCCAAAAAAUGGUUGUGAAGUGAUGUAGUAAGCUGUAACAGUGUGGUCAGCAUAUGAAGAAACAAAAGGAAUAAGUGAUGGUCAAUAGGUGAACCGGGUGGGAACGGGUGACGCGAGAAUCGAUUGUGCACUGUGCCUGUCUCCUCGCUGGUGUGAUAUUUCAAUAGUAUUUCCCCGUGCCAAUUGUGAUUGCUACUGCUGCAGCUGUGUGCGAGCGUGUGUGUGCGCGUGGAGCAAGGGGAGCAGAGCUCAGGACAUUCCGACGUUGGCCAGCGUUCGAAGGCGAUAAGAAAACGUACGUGGUACGCAACACCCAAACCCAUUGUCCUUCGGGGAUCUUUGCCGCAUCUAAUCCAGCACAGCCUGCAGAUUGGACACUGUACCGAAUACCGCCCCGCAGCAUGGAAGCGACGGCCGCUGGCUAUGCCGAUUGUUUCGGCAACGGCGGACCGCAUCUCGUUGGCAUUGGCGACAGCAAUGCCGUGGGCGGUGGUGGACCCGGCACCUCACAUCCGGCGGGCGACGGCAGCGGACAGGCAACGAUCGGUGGCGGCAACGGUGGCAACACAGCAACAACCAUCCAGUGGGUGGGCAAUGCGGCGACCGGUGGCGGUGCGACGGCGAAAGAGGAUCUGGGCGAUAUGGCCUUCUACAUGCCCAACUAUUCGCGCGAAGUGCUGAAGAUGAUGUUUAUGAUGCGAUCGCACCACAUGCUGACGGACGUGACGCUCGAAGUCGAGCAGGAAACGUUUCACGCACACAAGGUCGUCCUGUCCGCCGCCAGUCCGUACUUUAAGGCAAUGUUCACCGGCGGGCUGAAGGAAUGUGAAAUGACGCGCGUGAAGCUGCAAGGCGUUUGUCCAACCGCCAUGACGCGCAUCCUGUUCUUCAUGUACACCGGGCAGAUACGGGUGACCGAGCUAACCGUGUGCCAGCUGCUGCCAACGGCCACUAUGCUGCAAGUGCCGAAUGUGAUAGACGCGUGCUGUGACUUUCUCGAACGCCAGCUGGACCCGACGAACGCGAUCGGUAUCGCGAACUUUGCCGAGCAACAUGGCUGUGAGUCGCUGCGCCAGAAGGCGAACCAGUUCAUCGAGCGUAACUUUACCCAAAUCUGCCGCGAGGAAGAAUUUCUCCAACUGUCUGUGAUGCAACUGAUAUGUCUGAUCCGGAAGGACGAGCUGAACGUGCAGGGCGAACGGGACGUGUAUGAUGCGGUACUGAAAUGGGUAAAGUACGACGAGGACAACCGGUAUCCAAAGAUGGAGAGCAUCCUGUCAGCCGUCCGCUGUCAGCUGCUGACGCCCAGCUUCCUCAAGGAGCAGAUGAAAAACUGUGCGGUACUGCGCCGUGCACCGGGUUGCCGCGAAUAUCUGGCCAAGAUCUUUGAGGACCUAACGCUGCACAAGCGGCCGGCGGUACGCGAGCGGAAACCCAACACGACGCGCAUGAUUUUCGUGGCGGGAGGAUAUUAUAAGCACUCGCUCGACAUGCUCGAGGGCUACAAUGUGGAUGACAAGGUGUGGCUCACGUUACCGAAGCUGACGGUGCCACGGUCUGGACUUGGGGCGGCUUUUCUCAAGGGUACGUUCUACGCGGUCGGUGGCAGGAACAAUUCGCCCGGCUCAUCGUACGAUUCGGAUUGGGUCGAUCGGUACAAUCCGGUCACGGAACGGUGGCGUCCGUGUUCGCCGAUGUCCGUUCCGCGCAAUCGGGUCGGCGUGGCCGUCAUGGAUGAGCUGCUGUAUGCGGUCGGAGGUUCGUCCGGGUCGGACUAUCACAACACCGUGGAGUACUACGAUCCGGAAACGGACCGAUGGACACUGGUGCAACCGAUGCAAUCGAAGCGGCUUGGUGUUGGUGUAGCGGUCGUCAACCGGUUGCUGUACGCCAUCGGUGGUUUCGAUGGGAAAACGCGCCUAGCUUCGGUGGAACGCUACCAUCCGGAGAACAACGCUUGGACGCUGGUGCCACCGAUGUGGUACGGACGUAGUGGAGCCGGUGUGGCCGCGCUUCACCAAUACAUUUACGUAGUCGGCGGGUUCGACGGUACAAGACAGCUGGCUUCGGUCGAACGUUACGAUACGGAGCAACAGUGCUGGGAUAUGGUCGCCCCGGUCCGUAUCGCUCGCAGUGCUCUCUCACUGACCGUGCUCGACGGAAGGUUGUAUGCGAUCGGCGGAUACGACGGACAGGAUUUUCUCACGAUCGUCGAAGUGUACGAUCCAGUGCGGGAUGUGUGGGACGAGGGUACUCCGCUCACAUCCGGUCGCAGCGGUCAUGCAUCCGCUGUCAUCUAUACGCCGUCCUGCAUCUCGAGCUACAUGGAAGGGUUGAACCUAUGCACUGGCGAGGAAAAGCGGCGAGACUCGGGCAGUGGUGGAGCGGGGCCCCAGUUACCACCACAAGCACCACCACCACCGCCACCGCCUCCACCAUCUUCCGGCUCUUCCGGAUCGGGUUCGUCCUCGUCACGUCCUGCAGAAGGUACAUCCGACAGUCGAAUGGCUACGGGUGAGCGGGACGCCCUGCCGGAGGAACGCGAUGGUGGCGAACCGUUUGCCAUGGAAACCGACUCUAGUCAAGAGGAAUGUGAUAAAGAUGUCACUGCAGACGAGGGUGCCAUCAGCAGUGUGCCUUUGGAGUGUGCUCCACCGCCAGAAAUGGCGCACGUGCGGGAGAGCAUGUCAUCGUUAGCAAUCAUGGAACAUCCCGUACGCACUACCGCGGUUAUACCGCCUUCAAUGCGCCUUACACGCCGCAUCCUUUCCUGUCGCCGGGCAAAACGAAGCUCCGGAAAGGAACGAAACGGUGCCGCUUCGUCACCGUCACGAUGCGCCAAACGAACGUCCUCUUCGGCGGCCCGGUACACACUGACCCUUGCACCGGUCCCAUCCAGCCGAAAACCAUUCGGUUCCUGCGCGGAAAAGGCCGGUGUCGGCGGAUGCAAGAGCAAACGAAAAGCGCCGAUACCGGCCGGUGGUACCACGAGCGAUGAUCAUUGCCCAUUGGUACGACUGAAAAAGCGGAUAACUUGUCUCGUGUCCGCUAUUGUAUCGCCUACCUCCUGCUCGGUCACAUUGCCACCACCCACCGGUACUACUUCGUUGCACGAAGAAUCCACCGGUACGGCUACGGCCGACGACAUAGUGCCAACGGUGCCAGCGAUCGUACUAUCCACCGCGGAUGAUUUGAAUGCCGUUAGUAGCGAGAGUUCCCGUAACUCCGUUUCGUUUAAUCCGGCCGGCGAAUGUAUUUCGUCGAGCGUACCGCAUCACCAUCUACGAUCACCGAACGCAAAGUUAUGACAGUUAUAAUGCAAGAACAUACUGUUGGUUUUCACAGCAGCAAAGUAUUCCAACCAUUUACCAUUCUCGGUGAGAAGUGGCCCAACCCCCCACUAAGACCAAAUACCAGGAAGGCGAGAACUGUUAGCUGUCGAUCUAGAAUGAAUCUGAGUACCAAACCUCACUUACACCGAGCGCCAAGGUGUAGAUAGAAGCAGGCAGGCGUGUACUAUUCGAGCGAGAGGGAGAAAGAGCUUAGCUUUCCUCCUUCUCCGCUUCCUGUUCCGACCUGUGCGAAGACAUUCCUUUGGACACGAUGACGCCCGAGAUCGAGAUUUAUGUGCCAAGAGAUAGAGAGAGAGAGAUCACGUUAAGCGCGGGGCUUUAGUGUCACGAGCAGAAAUUCGUAGGCCCUGGGACUUGUUUGAUUUGAGGGGUCAUUGGAGUUAUGCUCUGCUUAGGUGCAGAAAACACUGUGUUUUUACGUAACGAAAACGGGACGACGCA